GCCGAGUUUAAUUCCACCACCCCUCACCUCACCAAACCAGCCAAGCCAAGCCAUCUCUCUCUCUCGCCUCUCUCUGCCCGUGUGUGUGCGUUUCUCGGGACUACGGCCUCUGCUCCCGGAGUAAAUAAAACAGGUCAGGAACCGGCGCCGGAGGAGGAGGGAGUGAGGAGGCAGCAGCAGGCAGGGAGACGUGAGAUGAAAGCAAGAGGCGCACACUGAGCCGCAGAGAAGCUGUCGCCGAGGAGGAAGAGAGUGACAGAGGUGGGCAGAGAGCAGUAACAGCAAGCAGUUCGUCCUCGCCAUGAAGUUCAUGAAGCUCGGCUCCAAGCCGGACGCCUUCCAGGCCGACGGCGGCGGCGACUCCAGAUCAUACUCCCGCAGAUACGUGCUGUCCGACCUGCCGUCAGACAUCGUCGUCCAUGUCGACGACGCAAGGUUCUACCUGCACAAGUUUCCUCUGCUGUCCAAGAGCAGCCUGCUGCAGCGGCUGAUCGUGGAGGCAAGCCAGGGCGGCGCCGACGAGGUGCGCGUCGACGGCCUGCCCGGCGGCGCGAGGGCCUUCGAGAUCUGCGCCAAGUUCUGCUACGGCAUGGUCGUCACGCUCAACCCGUACAACGUGGUCGCCGCGCGGUGCGCGGCGGAGCACCUGGGCAUGACGGAGGACGUGGACAAGAGCAACCUCGUGUUCAAGAUCGAGGUGUUCCUCAACUCGGGCGUCUUCCGGAGCUGGAAGGACUCCAUCAUCGCGCUGCAGAGCACCAUCGCGCUGCUGCCGUGGUCCGAGGACCUCAGGCUCGUCGCGCGCUGCGUCGACUCCAUCGCCGCCAAGGCCACGGCCAGCCCCGGGAGCGUGGUGUGGUCCUACACGUACAACCGCAAGGCGGCGUCGUCUGAUGAGAUCGUCGAGGCUCGCCGGUGCUCGUCGUCGUCGCCGGCGGUGCCGCGGGACUGGUGGGUGGAGGACCUGUGCGAGCUGGACGUGGAGCUCUACAAGCGCGUCAUGGUGGCGAUCAAGUCCAGAGGGGAUAGGCUGCCUUCUGAUGUUGUCGGGGAAGCUCUUAGGGCCUACGCCGCGAGGUGGCUCCCGGAGAGCUGCCGGCGCGGUGAUACCCCGGCAGACGACGACGAUGCCUGCGCCAUGGAAGUGCUCGAGACCAUAGUGUGGCUGAUGCCGUCGGACGGCGAUGGGUCGUCGCCGUGCGGCUGCUCCUGCCAGUUCCUCCUGAACCUGCUGAAGCUCGCCGUCCUGGUCGGGGCAGGGGAGCUGCUGAGGGAGGAGCUCAUGGACAGGAUCGUCCUGCAGCUGCCCGAGGCUUCGGUGAGCGACCUCCUGAUACCCGCCAAGCCGCCGGCGCAGACCACCUACGACGUCGAGCUUGUCGAGGCGCUCGUCGGCCGGUACAUUCGGCGCGCCGGACUCGACGACAUUGACGGGGAGGAUGUGUUUGAGACGAACGGGGAGGCAGACGACCCUUCCUUGCUGGCGCUGUGCAAGCUCGUCGACGGGUACCUGGCCGAGGUCGCCGCCGACCCGAACCUGCCGGUGUCGAGCUUCGUCGGGCUGGCGACCUCCAUGCCCGAGUCGGCCAGGCCAUCGCACGACGCCCUGUACACCGCCAUUGAUGUCUUCCUCAAAAUGCACCCAAAUCUGUCCAAGGUGGAGAAGAGGAGGAUCUCGAGCCUGAUGGACGUGAAGAAGCUGUCCAAGGAGGCGAGCAUCCACGCGGCGCAGAACGACCGGCUCCCGCUGCGCGUGGUCGUGCAGGUGCUCUUCUUCGAGCAGAUGCGCGCGGCGGCGGGGAGCGCGAGCACGUCGCUCCUGCUGGCCGCCGCCGGCGACGGCAACGCGCACCUGGAACUGGACGACGACGACGGCGACUGCUGGAAGAACCGCGCGCUGGCGCUGGCGCUGCCGGAGCCCCCGACCCCGUCGGCGGCCCUGAGGAAGCAGAUCGGGAGCAUGAGCCUGAAGCUGGUCGGCGAGGACCGCCGCCGCGCCGAGGACGUCGUCAGUGAAGGCCGGCGCCUGGUGAGGAGCGCCAGCAUCGCGAACCAGAGCAGCAGGAUGUCGCUGUCGUCGCGGUCGCGGAGGAUCUUCGACAGGCUGUGGGUGGUCGGGAAGCCGCCGGGGCCCGGCGAGGUGGUGAGCAAGAGCUCCGACACGUCCGGGAGCUCGCAGAGCCCGCGGUCGUCGGCCAAGCCGCUAGGGUCCAACAAGUCGUCCGGCUCGUCCUCGAGGAACCGGCGGUACUCGGUGUCGUAGGCCAGCGACGGCCUGCCGGCGCCACAGGAGGUUGGCUGUACAGAGGAGUGUCCGCGGACUCGGUCGCCGUCGCCACAUCAACGGGCACCGACGACGGACCAAAUGCUGCAUGCUAACUUCAUUUCAGGGUCUGUUUUUUCUGGAGAAAUGUAUUGAUCCGAAGUGCUCAACCGAUGAUCAGCUAGAAACUAAUCCUUAUUUUGUCUGAUCUUUGAUACGACCGGCUGGCCUUUCUUUUUCUAUCUUGUCGCAAAA